CUUCACUCUUAGCUCAUACCAUAUUGAUAUAGAAAAACGAAACUCGUAGUAAUCAUGUUGAAAGAAGAGAACACUGGCGGCGGCGGCGGCAACAACUGGGCAAGGGUGUGCGACACAUGUCGCGCAGCUGCUUGCACAGUGUAUUGCAAGGCAGACUCAGCAUACUUAUGUGCAACCUGCGAUGCCCGCAUACAUGCUGCCAAUCGAGUAGCUUCGCGCCAUGGGCGCGUGUGGGUGUGUGAGGCAUGCGAACGCGCUCCGGCUGCCUUCUUGUGCAAGGCAGAUGCUGCUUCUCUAUGCGCCACUUGUGAUGCUGAUAUCCAUUCAGCAAACCCACUCGCUCGCCGCCAUCAGCGCGUGCCCAUACAUCCCAUUUCAGGAUGUCUCCAUGGACCUCAGGCUGGGCCUGUUGGUGGUGGCGGUGAGACAACAACUGAAGAUAUGUUCAUGACCGAAGAUGGAGAAGAUGGUGUUGGUGAAGAAGAAGAGGAUGAGGCGGCUUCAUGGUUGCUGUUAAAUCCUGUUAAAAAUGGUAACAGUCAGAAUAAUGGUACUAAUGGGUUCUUGUUUGGUGGGGAAGUUGAGGAGUAUUUGGAUCUUUUUGAGUAUAAUUCAAAUUCUUGUGGUGAGAAUCAAUACGCUGAUAAUCAUCAACACUAUAGUGGUACUGUUCAUCAGAAGAGUCACGAAGGUGAUAGUGUUGUGCCUGUUAGAUGUGGAGACGGUGCAGGAAAAGAUCAUGUUCAUCAACAAUACCAUAAUUUUCAAUUGGGUUUGGAGUUUGAAUCCUCAAAAGCUGCUUACAGCUACAAUGGCUCAAUUAGCCACAGUGUAUCCAUUUCACCAAUGGAUGUUGGAGUGGUUCCUGAUUCAACAAUGAGUGAGGCCUCAAUAUCGCAUCCACGGCCUCCCAAAGGGACCAUCGACCUUUUCUCUGGUCCUCCCAUUCAGAUGCCAUCACAGCUCAGUCCAAGGGACAGGGAGGCAAGGGUUCUAAGAUACAGAGAGAAAAAGAAGACAAGGAAGUUUGAGAAAACAAUUAGGUAUGCCUCGAGGAAGGCAUAUGCAGAAACUAGACCGCGGAUCAAAGGCCGGUUUGCAAAAAGAACAGAUGUAGAAGUUGAAGUAGACCAAAUCUUCUCAACAGCACUAAUGGCAGAAACUGGAUAUGGCAUUGUUCCAUCAUUCUAAGCCUUCAACAGGAUAUCUUUUCAAAAAAAAAAAAAAGAAUUAAAAAAGAUUAAAGAACACUUCUUUAGAAAAGGGUUCUACUGGUACUAGUUACUGUUGAAGCUGUAGUAUUAACAAUGUAUGUUUCUGAAUCUAAUUGGUCUCAAUCAGAGAGAUAUUUGUU